AUGAAUCUGAUAGAAAAGAACCCGGAGGUGAAGCUGUCUUGGGAAAUUCUCGAGACUUUAAUGUCACGUCAACAUGCCCAUGUGAAUUAUUUAUUCAUGGAUGAGACUGACUCGAUAAAAUGGAACAAUGAUUUUAGAAGCACAGGAAUGGUACCGAUGUGUUUCAACAAAAUGAAUGAAAAAUUCAUCAAUGGUACUUAUCGAGGUAUUCGAGAGUUUGUCUGUGAUUUCCGUUUAAUGCUGUUAAAUUGUUAUCGUACUCAUGGGAUUUCAUCGCGUGCUGGACGUUGUGCUGAAAAAUUGGAAUUAUUAUUUGAACAAAAACUUCAACUGUUAUCCCCUGAAAUUCGUAAUAAAGCAUCUAUACAGUCAACCCUUGGAUUCGGUACUGCUGAAGAUGAAUUACUCGAUUGCGGUAUAACACGUCGUCGAAGUUCUGGACGUCUUUUUCUCUCCGGUGAUUCACGUCAAUUAACACCAAUACGUGCUAUCAUGGAGGAAUUAGAGCAUGUUACACAUCCUGGUUCUGGUACCGGUGGUAUAACCGCUUCAUUAAUCUCAAAUACUAUCGAUUCAUCCACGUCAGCGUCAUCAUCUGGCCAACAAACAUCAGCUAUCAGUAGUACAUUGAGUACUGAAGAGAAUAUUGCCAUUUUAGUGGCUAGACUAAGUUUAUGGCAACGUCGAAGACAUGAAGAAGAAUUACUGGAUACAUGGAAUAGCUGGUGGGUUGAAAAUAAUGGACCGAAAAUGCAAGAGAUAUUAUUCAAUGCUCCUGAGCUUUUAGAAGCUUAUCAAUUCUUAUGGUUGGCUGAUCCAUUCUUGGGUAUAAGUGAUUGUAUAACCAUAUACAAUAAUAAUCAUAAUAAUCAUAAUAAUCUCGCAGUCAAUUCAAUUCAAUCCACUACUACUACAACGCAUACACGUAGCCUGUCAUUAUUCGACUUAGAAAUCGGAUUGUGUACAGCACCAUGCGCUAGUCUAGUACUCAAUGUAUGCAUGAGUAAUCUGUUGGCAACACCAAAGGAGAGGAAUCAAAUUGUCAAUGUGUUGAGCAAUACUACCACUACUACUACUAAUACUAAUAGUGCUAAUAACAAUAGUAAUAGUAAUCUUAGUGUUGGAGCAAACUCCAAUACAACAAUAGAUUAUACUUCUUCAGCAGCAAGACGUUCCCGUCAGCUGAUGUCGAAUACAACUACACUUCCACCACUUGAUUAUGAUAUAUGGGAACGUCGACUGUCAGCACGAGUUGAUUCAUGGUAUCGAUCAUUUUGGGAUAAAGGUAAAGGUGUUGUUGAAUGGGCAACAUAUCGAUUAGGAUUACCGAAAGCUUUCUUUGAUGUUUGUGGUUACAAGUCGAAUCCGUUAGAUGAAAAACGUUUCCAUGAAUUGUCAAUCUAUCAACAAGUUAUGCUAAUCUGUGCUCUAUGCGAAUCAACUGUGAGAUCAUUUGAAAAUCUUCGUGUCUCAUUAGACAGGUCAGCUGAUUGGGAGGCAUCGAAUCCUGUACAACUGGGUAUUGAUUUCUUUUCAAAGUAUAUCUAUGUACACUUUCCUCAACUGUUGGGUAUUAAUCCGACAACAUCGUUAAGGGUGUAUCGAAUCCCUUAUGUAAAACAUCAGCCAAUUGAAUGCAGUUUCUUUAAAACAUCUAAAAAUACCAACGCCUGUAAUCUGAAGGAUAUGUACAAAGCAAAAAUACUGAAUGAUUUCACGAAAUUUGAAGAAAUCUUGGAAGAAACUGUCAGUGUUAAAAGUGAAAAUGAUAACAGCAAUACCAGCAACAACAACAGCAAGAAGAGUAACAAGCGUAGACGUCCGUCAACAAAACCGAAACCAGAGGAUACUGCUGAUUCUGUUAAUAACCAACAGUAUAAAUUGAUUGAAGAAUUAAAUAAGCAUAAUAAUUAUUUGUUAGAGAAUGGUUUAUCAGUUCCUGGUGCUGUACAACGUUUUCCUAGUUGGAUGCAUCCUGCACUAGCACGUGAUACUUAUCGUCGAUGGCAUUGUGUCGCGGAACAGUGUGCUGCUGCUGCCGCGAAUCAGAUGGAAGAGUCGAAUAAAAUGAAUACUAACAGUAAUACUACUAAUCGUAAUAAUAAUAAUAAGCGAGCUUCAGACAGGAGGAGUUCAGUUGCUGUCUCCAAUAGUGCUACUUCCCUUGACUGUACACCAAAUAAUAAAAGUCGUAAUAAUAACAGUAUUAAUCAUUAUGAUAUUACUACUACUAAAGAAGAUUUACCAUUUAAAGAUUAUCAAAUUAUUGAUGAUCAAAUUAUUUCAGAAAUGAUGAAACGUGAUCAUUGCUUAAAUCCCUCUCCGUAUGCAUCAUUCAAUGGACCAACACGGAAAUUUUUAUCCCUUCAACUAAGUCGUACUGCUAUCGGUGGUUUUCGUUUCUGUGAAGUGACUCAUGCUCGUAGACAAAGAAAAAGUCUUGCAAAUAAAAAUGAAGAGGAUGAUGGUGGUGGUGGUGGUGACGAUGAUGAUAAUAAUCAGGAGGAAGAGAAUGACGCUGAUGGUGAUGAUGAUACUGAAUCACGUUCAGUAGAUCAGAAUACAAAUGAUCCACGUUCACCAUCAGUUAGUCAAUAUGAAUCAGAUGAUGAGAAUGAAAGUAUCAGUGGGAAUUCAGUCCAGACGCGUAGAUCAACACGAUUAAGUAAUGUGGCUAAACAGAAUGGUCCUCCAGCGUCUAAUAGAACGCCGUCUACCAGAACUACUUCACCGCUGCCUGACAAUAAAAAAGAAAUGACUUGUAAAGUAAAGACUGAACAAUCUACUACUGACAAACUGAAUUCUACACCAUCAUCAUCAAAUAAACAAAAAAUUUCAGAUGAUAAUAAUAACAAUAAUAAAACAAAAAUAAUGAAGAAAUAG